GUCAUCCAACUCUCUGGUUGUAAAGGCAACUGCAGCAGUUCGAGCGCUCUCUCUCUCCUUCUUCUUCCUCUUCUUCUUCUUCCUCUUCUCCUUCUUCUUCUUCUAUCCUUCUUGCCUCCCAUUGUCGUCAUCUCUGUUAGCACCAACCUACAGUAUAUGCCAGCCAUGGCGCAUGUUUCACCCGCCUUCAUCUUCUUCGCGCUGGCGCUAGUCGUCGUCGGUGCGCAGCCGGACAGCUGCAGCUCACGACUCCCUGCUGCUCUCAGCAACUUCACAGGUCUCUCAUGCAGGCCCAUCUGGAACAACUUCGUCCUCAGAUACUCUCAGGACCAACAGAAUGUUCUCAGCGUCGUGCUAUCUACCACAUACACCGUGGGUUGGAUCGGAAUAGGAUUCUCCAUGGACGGGAGGAUGGUCGGCUCCAGUGCCAUGGUGGGUUGGAUAGGCAAAACCGGCAUCCCCCACAUCAAGCAGUACUAUCUGCGUGGACAGUCUGCUUCAGACGUCGUGGUAGAUCAAGGCCAGCUGCUGUCCACCGCGGUCGCACCGAGAGUCGUCGUGCAUCGUGCCAAGAUAUAUCUUGCCUUUCAAUUGAAGUUUACAGCUCCAUUGGCUCAGCAGCAUCUGCUCUUCGCCAUUGGGACAUCGAUUCCGGUCCAUAAUCACCUGAAGAAACAUGCGGAUAAGACCUCUAUCUCCUUCGACUUCUCUACAGGCGGCAGUUCAUCGUCUUCCUCCUCCUCUUCCUACCUGUACGAGCUGAAAAGGACACAUGGAGUGCUGGCCAUAUUUGGGUGGGGUGUGCUGGCACCGAUAGGGGCGAUCGUGGCAAGAUACUGCAAGCAGUGGGAUCCAUUGUGGUACUACCUUCACGCGAUCAUCCAAUUCAUCGGGUUCAUGAUCGGUCUUGCGGCCGUGGUGGCCGGAAAGCUACUCUACGAUGAGCUGCAUGCCAGCGUCCACUCUCACAGGGGCAUCGGCAUUUUUGUGCUGGUGCUCGCUAUUCUUCAGGUGAUAGCCUUCUUCGUGCGGCCCGACCGAGACUCCAAGAUCCGCAGGUACUGGAACUGGUACCACCACUGGGUGGGGAGGCUUGCUCUGUUCUUUGCGGCGGUCAACAUUGUUGUGGGUAUCCGAGUAGCAGAUGCGGGGACUUCAUGGAAGGUUGGCUAUGGCUUCAACCUUGCGAUCCUCCUGAUUGCAAUCAUUGUUCUGGAGCUGCUGCGGUGGACAGGAAGGUCCAGGGAAGCUGUCACCGCACCACCGCUACAGAUGCAAUAGCCGGAUGAUGAAUGGAAUGGAUUUGCGACGUGGAGUUUGUCACUGUUGUAAUCCCGAUGAGCUAUUCAGUGUUGUUUUUGGUCGCAGACUCCUAUAUAUAAUUAAUUGCAUGCUAAAUAUUCUGGCUCCUGUAUCAUUCUCAUGCUCGAUCGAAGUCGAAGGAGCAUGACAUGGUCUAAUCGACUUCAUUACAAGAAAAGAACACUCGAUCACGAGGGA